GUCUGUUUUAGAUGACACCGGACAGCAGUUAUUUUUAUUAAUGUGUCAGUAUGGGCUCUGGUGCACUGCCUCUCAUUCUCUAAGACAAUCAUGUGACUAGCCUCACGAGCAGCGUGUUCCUUUGUGUUAAAACUCAUGGAUUCAGACGGUGAUUUAUUCACAGAUCAGAAUGCUGAUGUCCUUCAUCCACGCUGGACUCACUCAAGAGACACCAAAAGCUGUAUUGAAGGUGACUCCAGAUGAGAGUGUGUUCAGCAGAGAGACAGUCACUAUCACAUGUGACAUACAGGGAGCAGGACACAUUCAGUGGACAUACAGCUGGUUUAAAAAUGGAAACACAUUCUAUCCACACACAACAACAGCAGCAGAGAUCAGUUUCACAGCUGAGUGGUCUUCCAGUGGUGAAUACAGCUGUAGAGGAGAGAGAUCAGACUCACAGAUAUCAUACAUCAGUGCUGCUGUUACACUGACUGUAUCAGAUUCAUCCAGAUCUUCACUGACUGUGACUCCAGACAGAACUGUAUUCACUGGAGAGACAGUCAAUCUGAAGUGUGUGAUUGAGACUCGCAGUUACAUUGACUUGGAAUGGAUAUGGAGAAUUGACCAAACAUCUAACUGGAGAUAUGAGUGGUAUAAAGACACAUACAGCAGUGUAAUAUCACAGACGUCUGGUCGUUACACUGUAAACAGAGAAACUCUCACUAUCAGAGGAGUAAUUACAUCUGAUCAGGGUCAGUACUGGUGUAGAGGACGGAUAAGAUCAGUCUCAUCACAAUCAAGCUCUACUGUUUUUCUCUCAGUGAAAGAUUCCCCCGGAUCUUCACUGACUGUGACUCCAGACAGUCCUGUAUUCACUGGAGAGACAGUCAAUCUGACCUGUGUGAUUGAGUCUCACAGUAACUGGAGACGGAGAAAUGGACUGACAUAUGACUGGAGAUAUGACUGGACCAAUUACAAGACAUCUAACUGGAGAUAUGAGUGGUAUAAAGACACAGACAGUGUAAUGUUACAGACGUCUGAUGGUUACACUGUAAACAGAGACACUCUCACUAUCAGAGGAGUAACUACAUCUGAUCAGGGUCAGUACUGGUGUAGAGGACGGAUAAGAUCAGUCUCAUCACAGUCAAGCUCUACUGUUUUUCUCUCAGUGAAAGAUUCCCCCAGAUCUUCACUGACUGUGACUCCAGACAGUCCUGUAUUCACUGGAGAGACAGUCACUCUGACCUGUGUGAUUGAGACUCACAGUAACUGGAGAUAUGAGUGGUAUAAAGACACAGACAGUGUAAUGUUACAGACGUCUGAUCGUUACACUGUAGACAGAGACACUCUCACUAUCAGAGGAGUAACUACAUCUGAUCAGGGUCAGUACUGGUGUAGAGGACAGAGAGAUCAGAGACCAAACUCAUCUCAAUCAAGCUCUGUUGUUUAUCUCUCAGUGAAAGAUUCCCCCAGAUCUUCACUGACUGUGACUCCAGACAGUCCUGUAUUCACUGGAGAGACAGUCAAUCUGACCUGUGUGAUUGAGACUCACAGUAACUGGAGACGGAGAAAUGACCUGACAUAUGAUAGGACAUAUGACUGGACACCUGAGUGGAGAUAUGAGUGGUAUAAAGACACAGACAGUGUAAUGUUACAGACGUCUGGUCGUUCCACUGUAAACAGAUACACUCUCACUAUCAGAGGAGUAAUUACAUCUGAUCAGGGUCAGUACUGGUGUAGAGGACAGAGAGAUCAGAGACCAAACUCAUCUCAAUCAAGAUCUGCUGUUUCUCUCACUGUGACAGAUUCCCCCAGAUCUUCACUGACAGUGACUCCAGACAGUCCUGUAUUCACUGGAGACACAGUCAAUCUGACCUGUGUGAUUGAGUCUCACAGUAACUGGAGAUAUGAGUGGUAUAAAGACACAGACAGUGUAAUGUUACAGACGUCUGGUCGUUACACUGUAAACAGAGACACUCUCACUAUCAGAGGAGUAAUUACAUCUGAUCAGGGUCAGUACUGGUGUAGAGGACAGAGAGACCAGAGACCAAUCUCAUCACAGGACAGUAACCGAAUACAUCUGUCUGUUAAUGGUUCAGGUCAGAUUUCUGUCUUCAGCAUCCUCAGUUUUCUUCUGGCAGCUUGUCCGUAUCUGCUGUCGACAGUCGUGCUGCUGUUCAAAUGUUACAGAGCGAGAGUUACAUCUACUGAAGACCAAAGCCAAUACGCUGUAACAGAAGAACAAACUUCAAUCUGAUUUCAUCCAUUCUUCAAACCUCGUGCAGAGUCUCAGGAUGCUGGAGUCUCAGACUGAAGGAAACUCACAAGACUAACACACACACAUUCACACUCUCACACACGCAGACAAUUUAGUGUUUCUGAUUCUCCUGGGGCCUCACGUAUACAACUUUACAUAGAGUUCAUCCUAAAUGUUAUUUAUCGUAAGAUUUCAUAUGAUAAAUUAUUUUUUAUAUUGUAUUAUAAUAGUUUUAUUUUUAUAUUAUAUUUAAUAUUUUUUAUAUUAUGUUAUCCUAUGAUUUCAUCCUAGAUAUCAUCCUAAAUUAGGAAACAAACAAAACUGUUAAUAAAAUCAAUCCAUUUUACUGCAGUUGAUCAGUUCUUCUACAGACCCACGGAUGAGAAAUGUUCAAACUAAUGGCAUUUCAGCCCAGAGAUGAUUUAUUCAGUUUUAACCUGAUUGUCAAUAAAAGCUGAGACAGAGACAUCAAUAAUAUCUGAUAUAUGAACAUUUUAUUGAAUGUGAGGAACAGGUUCAUUAUGACACUUUAAGUGAACAGACCUCCAGAGAUAAGACGGAGCAGACUUUGUUUCAGAUAAAACUAACAACAGUAACGUGAUGACAAAUUACAUCUUCACAUGUUUUUAACUGAUGAUGCUUUUUUAUUUUUUAUUAAUAUUAACUUUCUUCUUUGUCUUCUGUCAUCUGAUUUGUAACAUACUUUUUAAACAAAUAAAAGGGCUUUAUACAUUUACUGGAUUGAAAUAACUUUACCUGUUUAUCCAAACAUAAUUGUAUUUUAUUUUCUCAGUAAUUAUUGUAUUGUAUUGCAUUACAUGUUUUGAAACUAAAGAGCUGUAAUAUAAAGUAUUAAAUAUCUUCAUCUUACUAAGACAUUGAGAGACAGAGUGACUGGUAUUUAUAUCAUUUUAUGUAAGUUUCUAUUAGACUGUUAUUAAGAUAUCAUUGUCUAUUUAUUAUCAUUAUUAUUAGUACUUUAUUUCACUGUAUACAAAUAUAGACUCUGUAUGCUGUAUACUUCUAUUAUGUAUAUUUGUGUUAAAUGUUCAUUUAAAUGUUGCAAUAUAUAUAU